AUGAACAUCCGAAAAGCGACGGUGGAGGAUCUGGCAGGUAUGCAGAACUGCAACCUGACCAACUUACCCGAAAACUACGUGCUCAAGUACUACCUGUACCAUGCCAUCUCGUGGCCCCAGUGCUCGUUCGUGGCUACCAUGCCGGCCAAGGACUCGGAAAACGGCGAGAAGAUUGUUGGAUACGUUCUGGCAAAGAUGGAGGACGACCCUGUUGUGGCACAAAAUAACCCCGACAAGAGCAAAGAAGAAGAUGAUAGACCACAUGGCCACAUCACUUCGCUGUCUGUGAUGCGGACCUACAGACGUAUGGGAAUCGCAGACAAGCUCAUGCGACUGUCUCUGCGAGCCCUGUGCGAGGUCUACGGAGCCCAGUACGUUUCCUUGCAUGUGCGAAAGUCCAACAGAGCUGCUCUGCACCUGUACCGAGACUCGCUCCAGUUCGAGGUGAAGAAGCUGGAGAACGGUUACUACGCCGACGGUGAGGAUGCUUACAGCAUGAAGAAGGAGCUCAGUGUUGACCCCGACAUUGAGAGUGAUGACGAUCUGCUUGUCGACGACAUUGCUGAGCACACUGAGGUGUCUUUGUAG